ACUGAAAAUGGAGGCCUCCACCUCUGUUUCUUGAAUAUAUAAAUUGUAAUGGUCUUUUGGUUUGUGGUAUAUUUUUUCUGUAUAUCCCCAUGUUACGAUGCUAUAGUUUUAAAUCAGAUUUAAAAAAACAAUAAAAUAAGAAAAUAUAUUUGGAAUUAUUACAUAUGGAGCACUAACAAUAUUUUAAAAUUCGUUUCAUUAUCAUCAUCAACAAUGCGAUGUAGACUUGUACUCUGGCUUCUAUUGGGGACUUACUGCAGCGCCCUCUGCACCCCUGCUUCCCACAGUAUUUGUGCUGUGUUUUAUUUUAUCGUUUUACUUUAUCUGUCUGUGUCUGAAACCCCUUCUACAUUUAGGUUGUCAUCAUCAUCAGCACACACAAAUUUACACGAAAAAAAUUAAAAGAAAGAAGUUUGAUUCACUUGUUUACGUCACUGCACGCGCUGUUAAAGUGGAGAUUCGGGGUGCUGCAUUCAGGUGCCAAAAUAGUUUUGAGAAAAAUCCGUAAAAUACAAUGGUGGUACCAUUUUGAAAGAAACGCAAAAAUGUGUUAGGUCUAUCAAAAUUCCACAGUAAACACGAUUUUCAAAUAAUAUUUAUACUACAGGUAAUCCAGCGGCACGAAUUGACGUGACAGAUGCUGACGAAUACACGCGACUACACAGGCAAUGAUUGCAACAUUUCCGAGGAAACCUGAACGCAACUGUACAAGUGUCUCGUGCGUCAAUGGUUUUAAAUUGAGCAGCAGGACGGUGGAAGUUUCAUUGCGAUUCGGAGGGAGUCUGCAUCAAGUUUUCAGAGUUUCUCUCGAUGACUGUGACUCAAAAACAACCGAUAACUUACGCCAAAAUGAAGGGGAUAGUAACAUUUCUUUCAGCUCUCCUCAAGGGUAAGAAAGUUGGCUUCAGUCACCUCCUGCACAAAGUUGUCUCCAGCCAGCAACACCUGGACACUCAGAAACUUCUGCUGCGACGGAGCAAGUUGAGGAAACAGGAGGAGGAGAAAGUUGCCUCCAGCUCAGCAGACACAGAAGCCUCACAGAUGAAAUCAUCAGACUUUGAAUAUCUCAAAGUUAUUGGCAGUGGAAGCUUUGGAAAGGUGCUGCUGGCAAGACAUAGAAAACAAGGAGGCUACUACGCAGUUAAAGUUCUACAGAAGCAGACAAUCAUCAAAAGGAGAGAGCAAAGGCAUGUGAUGGUUGAAAGGAGUGUGCUGCUGAAAGGACUGGACCAUCCAUUCCUGGUGGGACUUCAUUUUUCUUUUCAGACACCAAUUGCACUCUACUUUGUCCUGGACUAUGUUAAUGGAGGAGAGCUGUUCUACCAUCUGCAGAAAGAUGGGUCGUUUCCAGAACCCAGAGCCGCUUUCUACGCUGCAGAGAUGGCCACAGCGUUGGGCUACCUUCACUCUCUGAACAUUGUUUACAGAGACCUCAAACUAGAAAACAUCCUGCUGGACAGCGACGGUCACGUGAUGCUGACGGACUUUGGGCUUUGUAAAGAAGAUGUGGCUGCGGGUGAGAUCAUGUACACCAUCUGUGGGACUCCAGAGUAUCUUGCUCCAGAGGUUCUUCAAGGCCACCCGUACACCUCAGCUGUAGACUGGUGGGGACUUGGCGUUGUGCUAUUUGAAAUGCUCUGCGGACUGCCUCCAUUUUUCAGCAACAGCAAAGCAGAGAUGUUUGAGAACAUCCUCCGAGCCCCUCUGCAGCUGCCUGAUGGGCUUUCAGAAAGUGCCCAGUCACUGUUGCAGGGGUUGUUGGAAAGAGAUGUUUCCCAACGCCUCGGGCAGAGCCUCGAUAUUGAAGAGCUGCAGGAGCAUCCCUUCUUCACCUCCAUCAACUGGGAUGACCUUGUAGCCAGAAAGAUAACACCCCCGUUCAUCCCGAAUGUGACGGGUCCUUGUGACAUCAGCUGCAUCGACCCAGAGUUCACGCUACAACCAGUUCCUGCCUUCGUGACCCGGAGAGAUGAGGCGGCUGCAGCCAGCGAGGCCUUCCUCGGAUUCUCCUACAUGAAAGCAGCAGAGUAUGUUGCAGCAGAGCCAGUUUCAUAACAAAACUCCUCUGGGAUCAUGUUUGCUCAAAUAUUUAUUUCCAUGUUAUAUAUUAUUAAAUGUAAGUCUAUUUUUUAAGAUGGAACAAAAUAUUUCAACCCUGACGCUGCAACGUACUGCGAAUUUCAUUAGGGGCACUUGAUUAAAGUAUACUUAUGUUUUUCCUCUUUUUAGAUUUUUAUCAACUAUUUUUUAUAGAAGAUGAUCAUUAUUUUGAUAUUUCUUGUUAAUUUAUUUUGUCUAUGAAAUAAUAAACACAGAGCCAGGCACA